AUGCCAGCCAUCCUGGUAGCCUCCAAAAUGAAGUCCGGACUCCCGAAACCUGUCCACAGCGCGACUCCCAUCGUCCACGUCCCAACGGCGAGGGCCCUCCCGCAGCCCUGUUACCUGAAGUUCGGGAGCAAGGUGGAGGUGAACAAGCCAUCCUAUUCCAGCCAGAUCCCCCUCAAGUCGUCCGCUGGCCAUGAGAAUGCCGGGGAUGGGUUCCCUCCCAAGAAGAGCAGCUCUCUAGAAAAUGGCUUUGACACACAGAUUUAUACAGAUUGGGCCAAUCACUACCUGGCAAAAUCUGGCCAUAAGCGUUUGAUAAAGGACCUACAGCAAGAUGUGACUGAUGGAGUUUUACUGGCUGAAAUCAUCCAGGUUGUAGCAAAUGAGAAGAUUGAAGACAUCAAUGGCUGCCCAAAGAAUAAAUCUCAAAUGAUUGAAAACAUAGAUGCGUGCCUGAGUUUUUUGGCUGCCAAAGGAAUAAAUAUACAGGGACUGUCAGCAGAAGAAAUCAGGAAUGGGAAUUUAAAGGCCAUCUUAGGCCUUUUCUUUAGCCUAUCGCGAUACAAGCAGCAGCAACAGCAACCCCCCAAGCCGCAGUCACAGCAACACCCAUCCCAGCCACCUCCCACGUCACCCCAGCAAGUAGGGCCUCUAUCCCAGUGCCAGGUCGGAUUGCAGGAGCAGCCACUACAGCCACCCCAUCAGGUGCCGGAUUCACCCCAGAUGCAGUGCCAACAAGCCCAGCAAAUUCCUCUUCUUCACUUGAAAGCACAACCAGAAAUGCAGUCCAGUGCAUCACCCAGGGACUCAUCUCAAAGCAAAAUCAUCCGAUUCACUCUCGGUCAGAAAAAGACUUCUAGACUUCCGGGUCCGACCACGAGGGUUUCAGCUGCAGGCAGCGAGGCAAAAACUCGUGGUUCAGUUAGUGCCAACAACCGGCGCAGCCAGAGCUUUAACAACUAUGACAAAUCCAAACCCGCAAGCUCACCGUCCCUUCCAUCAAAUAGCAGCGAGAAAGAGGCAGCAGACAAUUUAGCCUCCCCAUCCACAGGGAUGAAUGAAAAUGCACCACCUUCAGUUCAAAGCAGCAGUAGCAGCAGUGCUGCCAGUUGCAAUAACUCCUCCGCCAUUCCCCAGCCCAACACUGCUGUCAAACCCUGGCGUAGUAAGUCCCUUAGUGCUAAGCACACAGCCACGUCUUCCACACUGUCAGUAAAGCAGCCAAUUCAAGAGUCUCCAAAAACCCCUCCAGAGAUGGUGAAAACAACUCCCAAUGGCCAGAAAUCCAUGCUCGAGAAACUGAAACUUUUUAACACAAAAGGUGUCUCCAAAGCAGGAGGGUCAUCCCUUGAAUGUCCAGGGUCUCGGGACCCUAGUUGUGAAAGACUCGAGACCCUUCCUAGCUUUGAGGAAAGCGAAGAGAUGGAUGCUGCAAAUCGGAAUGUGAACAACCCAGGGCCACCAUCGAAUAGUCCCAAAAUUGCACUGAAGGGAAUUGCACAAAGAACAUUUAGCCGGGCGCUGACCAAUAAGAAGAGUUCCCCAAAGGGCAGUGAGAAAGAAAAAGAGAAACAGAAGGAGAAAGAAAAGGAAAAAAGCAAAGACGCUGCCAAGAGAACAUCGGUAACGGAAAAAACAGAGGUCAAAGAGGAGCCGAAAGAGGAGCAGACCCCACCAGCCGUGACAGAGAUGCCAAAAAAGUCCUCCAAGAUUGCAAGCUUUAUCCCUAAAGGCGGGAAGCUGAAUAGUGCCAAGAAGGAGGCCGCUGCCCCUUCACAAAGUGGAAUACCAAAACCAGGAAUGAAAAACACCACAGGGAAAUCCUCAAGUGCCCCCAGUUGUCCUGCUAAGGAAGGUGAGAGAAGCCGCAGCGGGAAGCCUGCUGCAGGCCCUUCUCAUCAGAAGUCCCAGCUAGACGGUCGGAAUUCCAGUUCUACGUCAAGUUUGGCCUCCUCUGAGGGGAAAGGGGCGGCAGGGGCGCCCGCUCUGACUACCAGCAGCAGCAUCCAGGCUGUAAGUGGGCCAGCAAGUACCACACAGACCACAGGAAGCAAUACUGUGAGUGUGCAGCUACCUCAUCCACAACAGCAAUACAGCCACCCAAACACUGCCACAGUAGCACCGUUCAUGUACAGAUCACAGACAGACAAUGAAGGAAAUGUAGCAGCCGAGCCCAGCCCUGGAGGGGGGAGCGUGAGCAUGGAUUCUGCUCUGUACACAAAAACUGGACAGCCUGCUCUAGAAGAUCUUUCAGGGGAAGAUCCAGAAACCCGCCGGCUGCGAACUGUCAAGAAUAUAGCUGAUCUCCGGCAAAACCUAGAGGAAACCAUGUCUAGCUUACGGGGAACCCAGGUCUCUCACAGCACCUUGGAGACUACCUUUGACACCAACGUCACCACUGAAAUAAGUGGCCGCAGUAUCCUCAGCUUGACCGGAAGGCCGACGCCCUUAUCUUGGAGACUUGGGCAGUCCAGUCCCCGCCUUCAAGCAGGUGAUGCUCCAUCAGUGGGUAAUGGAUAUCCCCCAAGAGCCAAUGCCAGCCGGUUCAUCAAUACAGAAUCAGGACGAUACAUGUACUCAGCUCCUUUGAGAAGACAGCUGGCAUCGCGGGGUAGUAAUGUUUGUCAUGUGGACAUCUCAGACAAAGGAGGGGAUGAAAUGGACUUAGAAGGCAUCACCAUGGAUGCUACAGGCUAUAUGAGCGAUGGAGAUGUUCUGGGCAAGAACAUAAGGACUGAUGACAUAACAAGUGGGUACAUGACUGAUGGUGGGCUGGGCCUUUACACUAGAAGAUUAAAUAGACUUCCUGAUGGAAUGGCUGUUGUACGGGAAACUCUGCAACGCAACACCUCACUUGGCCUGGGGGACGCUGACAGCUGGGAUGACAGCAGUUCUGUCAGCAGUGGGAUCAGUGACACCAUAGAUAACCUCAGCACUGAUGACAUUAACACCAGCUCCUCUAUCAGUUCUUACGCGAACACGCCUGCAUCAUCUCGUAAGAAUCUGGAUUCCCAGACUGAUGCUGAAAAGCAUUCCCAGGUGGAGUGGAAUUCCUUGUGGUCUGGUGAUGAAAUCAAGAAAUCGGAUGGGGGCUCAGACAGCGGCGUAAAAAUGGAGCCUGGAUCUAAAUGGAGACGGAAUCCCUCUGAUGUGUCUGAUGAGUCUGAUAAAAGCACUUCUGGGAGGAAGAAUACAGUCAUUUCCCAGACAGGCUCCUGGAGACGGGGCAUGUCGGCUCAAGUUGGCAUUACCACACCGAGGACAAAAACAUCAACCACCUCAGGAACUUUGAAGACACCUGGAACAGGGAAAACUGAUGAUGCCAAGGUAUCAGAAAAGGGGAGAGUUUCUCCCAAAUCUGGACAUGUGAAACGUUCUCCAUCAGAUGCAGGACGUAGCAGUGGUGACGAAUCAAAAAAACCUCCCGCAAACAACUCUAGAACAGCUGCUGCCAAUACAAACACGUUUGGAUUUAAAAAACAGAGUGGGUCAACUGUUGGGAUGACUAUGAUCACAGCAAGUGGUGCAACGAUCACAAGUAGAUCUGCUACUCUGGGCAAAAUCCCCAAGUCAUCUGGACUUAUAGGAAGGUCCACUGGCCGGAAGACUAGUGUUGAUGGCUCACAGAAUCAGGACGACGGUUACUUAGCCCUUAGUACCCGGACCAAUCUUCAGUACCGAAGCUUACCGAGGCCCAGCAAAUCCAGCAGCAGAAGUGGAGCCGGUAAUAGAUCGAGCACGAGCAGCAUAGACUCUAACAUAAGCAGCAAGUCCGCAGGAUUGCCUGUUCCCAAAAUGAGAGAGCCGGCUAAAGUUGCCCUCGGAAAUUCUCUGCCAGGCUUAGCCAACCAGACAGAUAAGGAGAAAGGAAUCUCAUCGGACAACGAAAGUGUGGUCUCUUGUAACUCCGUUAAAGUCAACCCCGCAUCUCAGGCAGCUUCCGGUGCAUCCCAGAGUGCUCACCAGCAAGGAGUCAAGUACCCAGAUGUGGCCUCCCCAACACUGCGAAGACUUUUUGGUGGAAAGCCAAGUAAACAAGCUCCCAUCACAACAGCAGAGAGCAUGAAAAAUUCCGUGGUCAUCUCCAACCCACAUGCGACCAUGAAUCAGCAGGGGAACCCAGAUUCUCCUUCGGGCAGUGGCAUUCUGAGCAGUGGCAGUAGUAGUCCCCUUUACAGCAAAAACACAGACAUGAACCAGUCUCCGUUAGCGUCCAGUCCCAGUUCAGCUCAUUCGGCUCCUUCCAACAGCUUAACCUGGGGCACUAAUGCCAGUAGCUCUUCUGCCAUUAGCAAGGAUGGCAUGGGAUACCAGUCUGUCAGCAGCCUGCACACCAGUUGUGAAUCCAUUGAUAUCUCUCUCAGCAGUGGAGGAGGGCUCAGCCAUAACUCUUCCAGUGGCCUGAUGGCGGCUUCUAAGGACGACGCCUUGACUCCCUUUGUUAGAACCAACAGUGUUAAGACAACAUUGUCAGAAAGCCCUCUCUCUUCCCCUGCUGCUAGCCCCAAAUUCUGCCGAAAUACUUUACCCAGGAGGCAGGACAGCGACCCUCACCUUGAUAGGAACACUUUGCCUAAGAAAGGACUCAGGUAUGCUCCAUCAGCACAACUUCGUAAUCAAGAGGAGGCCAAAGAAUGGCUGCGUUCACACUCAGCAGGAGGUCUUCAGGACACUGUUGCCAAUUCUCCAUUUUCUUCGGGUUCCAGCAUAACAUCACCUUCUGGGACUAGAUUUAACUUCUCGCAACUCGCAAGCCCUACCACCGCAGCCCAGAUGAGCCUGUCAAAUCCAACCAUGCUACGGACACACAGUCUUUCUAACGCGGACGGCCCCUAUGACCCUUAUAGUGACACCCGGUUCCGGAACAGCUCUGUGUCUCUGGACGAAAAGAACAGAUCAAUGAGCCGCUCUGGAUCAUUCCGGGACGGCUUUGAAGAGGUGCACGGCUCCUCUCUCUCUCUGGUUUCCAGCACAUCCUCUAUUUAUUCAACGCCUGAAGAAAAGUGUCAGUCAGAGAUUCGCAAGCUAAGGAGGGAGUUGGAUGCAUCUCAGGAGAAAGUCUCAGCUCUGACGACACAGUUGACUGCCAAUGCUCACCUUGUGGCGGCGUUUGAGCAGAGCUUGGGAAACAUGACCAUUCGACUGCAAAGCCUAACUAUGACAGCCGAGCAGAAGGACUCGGAACUGAACGAGUUAAGAAAAACCAUCGAGCUACUGAAGAAACAAAACGCUGCUGCUCAGGCUGCCAUUAAUGGAGUAAUUAACACACCUGAGCUCACCUGCAAAGGAAGCGGGACUGCGCAAACCACUGAUCUGCGGAUCCGGAGACAGCAUUCUUCAGACAGUGUGUCUAGCAUUAACAGCGCUACCAGCCACUCCAGCGUGGGAAGCAACAUAGAAUGCGACUCCAAGAAAAAGAAAAGAAAAAACUGGUUGCGCAGCUCCUUCAAGCAAGCUUUUGGUAAAAAGAAGUCCCCCAAGUCAGCAUCUUCUCAUUCAGAUAUUGAGGAGAUGACGGAUUGUUCACUGCCUUCGUCGCCAAAACUGCCUCACAACGGCUCCAUUAUGUGCACGCCGUUACUGAGAACCUCUCAUUCCAAUUCCCUGAUUUCAGAAUGCACAGAUAGCGAAGCAGAAACCGUCAUGCAGUUGCGAAACGAGCUAAGAGACAAAGAGAUGAAGCUGACUGAUAUCCGUCUGGAGGCCCUGAGCUCCGCCCACCAACUCGACCAGCUUCGGGAGGCCAUGAACAGGAUGCAGAGUGAGAUUGAGAAACUAAAAGCGGAAAAUGACCGGCUCAAAUCUGAAAACCAGGGCAGCUGCAGCAGGGCUCAGUCUCAGGUGUCCAUUUCGUCCUCUCCAAGGCAGUCGAUGGGCCUCUCACAGCACAGCCUAAACCUCACAGAGUCAGCUAGUCUUGACAUGCUGUUAGAUGACCCCGGUGAUAGUUCUUCUCGGAAAGAAGGAGGCAGACAUGUUAAAAUAGUCAUCAGCUUUCAGGAUGAAGUGAAAUGGAAAGAGGAUUCUAGGCCUCGUCUCUUCCUCAUUGGCUGUAUUGGAGUCAGUGGAAAGACCAAAUGGGAUGUGCUGGAUGGUGUUGUUCGAAGGCUGUUCAAGGAAUACAUAAUUCAUGUAGAUCCUGUGAGUCAGCUAGGGUUAAAUUCAGACAGCGUCGUGGGGUACAGCAUCGGAGAAAUCAUACGCACCAAUAGCGCAGAGACACCUGAACUGCUUCCUUGUGGCUAUCUGGUUGGAGAAAACAAUACCAUCUCAGUCACUAUCAAAGGCAUUGCAGAGACCAGUUUGGACAGUCUGGUGUUUGAGUCUCUCAUCCCGAAGCCGAUACUGCAGCGCUAUGUGUCGCUCUUGAUGGAGCACAGGAGAAUCAUCUUGUCCGGUCCAAGUGGCACGGGAAAAACGUACUUGGCCAAUCGACUGUCCGAAUACCUGGUGCUCAGAGAGGGCAGAGAGCUGGCCGAUGGUGCUAUUGCAACUUUUAAUGUGGACCAUAAGUCUAGCAAGGAACUUCGCCAGUAUCUUUCCAACCUCGCCGACCAAUGCAACAGUGAGAAUAAUGCUGUGGAGAUGCCCCUUGUUAUCAUACUGGACAACUUGCAUCAUGUUAGCUCCCUGGGAGAGAUCUUCAAUGGGCUGUUGAACUGCAAAUAUCAUAAAUGUCCUUACAUUAUAGGAACAAUGAACCAGGCAACUUCCUCAACACCUAAUCUUCAGCUACACCACAACUUCAGAUGGGUGCUAUGUGCCAACCAUACUGAGCCAGUAAAGGGUUUUCUUGGCCGUUUCUUGAGAAGAAAACUUGUUGAAACCGAAAUUGGUGGCAGAAUGAGAAAUGCAGAACUGGUUAAAAUCAUAGACUGGAUUCCCAAAGUCUGGCAACAUCUCAACAAGUUCUUAGAGGCUCACAGUUCUUCAGAUGUUACUAUUGGUCCACGACUCUUCCUCUCUUGCCCAAUAGAUGUAGAUGGUUCUAGAGUUUGGUUUACAGACCUGUGGAACUACUCCAUCGUUCCCUAUCUUCUUGAGGCUGUCAGAGAAGGACUACAGUUGUAUGGAAGGAGAGCGCCUUGGGAGGACCCUGCAAAAUGGGUAAUGGACACUUAUCCCUGGGCAGCCACCCCACAGCACCAUGAAUGGCCUCCCUUGCUGCAACUGCGGCCAGAAGACGUUGGAUUUGAUGGGUACUCCAUGCCACGGGAAGGUUCAACCAGCAAGCAAGUUCCGCCCAGUGAUGCUGAAGGAGAUCCUCUGAUGAACAUGCUGAUGAGAUUGCAAGAGGCAGCCAACUACUCGAGUCCCCAGAGCUACGACAGCGACUCCAACAGCAACAGCCAUCACGACGACAUCCUUGACUCGUCCCUGGAAUCCACAUUGUGAUGCAAACCCUGCGAAAACGGUGGCUUCCUGCCUUGCUUAGAAAAC